GAUUCGUGAUCGUGGAUGAGACGCGGAGAAAGGAGCCUGAAACCAGAGGGAGAGCUGAACUUUGUACUCUCUCUCGCCUGGGAGUGGUUGAUUCAGAUACCUGCUCCCUCUAAGCUGUGUGCUCUGGAAAGGAAAGAGUUAAGAGGAACAGGAGCGGCCACCCUGGGAAGAUCAUUUUUUUAAAUCCUUGAGCAGCUUUGACCUGGAUGCAACCAGAUUUUCUACCAUGACAUGGUGCUGGGACCAGCAAUGCGUCAGCUAGACCUGCAGACCAUGGAAUCCUGCUCCACAGGUACGACCCCCCAGCUGCGGCAGAGCUGCCAGCCCCAGAAUGCUAUGUUUCCAUCUAGAAUUGGACACCUGUCAGCGUAGAAAGGCUCGACUGUGCUGCAGGCUUUCAAGGAACGAGUCUUUUGAAAGGGUUAAUAGAGACAAAGCAGAAUGAGACUUGGAAACUGUCAGCAUUACAGGAAAUGCUAGAACAAUGACAACAAUUUCACCUUCAGAAAACGGGUUCAUGAGAAAAGUUGAUCAAGGUUCACCAGAAGAUGAUAUUUUUUACAUGUAUGGAUCGACGGCGGCUCACGCCAAAGAGGAGACUGAAUAUGUCCGCACUAUCCGGGCAACUUUAGAGAAGAUUCAGAAUCAAUUAUUUAAGGAUGACCCGUACAGUAAGAGUACACAAGAGAAGAAUUCUUCUCACAUGAAACAAAAUGGGCACAGCAACGAAGACGAGGAUUCCUUUGGCUCGCGGUAUAAACGGAUCCUUGAGAAGUUAAAGGAUCAAGACCUGCAGAUUGUGGAUGUUCACAGAGAUAAUGAAGAUCUACAGAUUAAGUUGGAAGCGACACGUGAAGCUGGAUCAGGUGCGAUAAGGGACGCCACCCAUAAACUGUACGAAAAUUACAACAAGAAGUCUGAACAAGUCCGGAAAUCUCAUGAAGAGGAAAAGCAGCGCUUACAGGUUUCUGCUGCAGAGAAUGAGGAUCGGUUUAAGAAAAGCAUCGAGAGGUUGAAUGAAGUGGCUGACAAAAUUCAGGAGAAGCACAGCCGGAUCACUGAGCUGGAGAAGCUGAUGGAGCGGAUGGAAGCAGAAAAUACAUCUUUGGUGGAAAAGAAACGUUUACUAGAAAAUAAGCUCUCGAGAAGAAUGGGCGAUCCUUCCAACCCCAAUGGCUGUUCAUCGAUUCAGGCUGAGAUUUUUAAGACAGAAGAACAAAUUAAUCACCUGCAGGAGCUGAUGAUGUCCCAGCACCAGCAUCUCCGCGCAUUGAUCCAGGAGAGGGAAGAACUGAAGAACCGCCUGAAAGAGCAGGAUGUAACGAUUGGGGAACUGAAGGAAAAAAUCGGUUUUCUUGAAUGUGAGAACAAAGAAUUGAAAUACAAGGUGGAUCACUGGUCCAGCCCCAGCAAAUUCAAAGUAUCUAAAGCGACGUCAGUGAGUGAGUCCAUGUUUGGCACCUUGUCUCCGUAUUUAAUGCUGCUGAAUAACAGGAAAAGCCCCGGAAGCAGCUGAUGCCGACCUCUUCAGGAUGUUCUGCCCUCUCCUGCUGGAUUCCGCUACGUGACAACAUUUCAGGGUCUGGGUCCCGUCACCCGGUGGCGCUGCUGGGAAACUGAAGACUUGCUGCCAGAUUCCCCGGCAGAUCACAGCUGAUCGAUGGGGAUCUCUGCAAAGUAACAACCUGUGAUCAGCUCACUUUUGAAGGGACUCUUCUAAUAAAGAAGCUGGUUCCAAAGUGGACAACUCCUUACUCUCUCUGCCGGUUUAAAACUUAUGAAAAGUUUAUGGCAAACUGGAAGAACUUCCUUUUUGAGUAGGGACAGAGAAGUAGACUAAGGGGCUAAAUCUACACGACGACAUUUUGUUGCACCAAUGUCACACGACAAUUUUCAUAAUGAUAGUCUAUGGUGUCGUGCUGCGACUGCGACGCGACAGUCG